AUGCUGAAAUUCGGCCGAAAUUCCCCAACCCCACCUCACCCAUCUUGCUCCAUCUUUCGCUCUUUCUCACACCGACACCACCAACACAUCUCCCUCGCAUGGAACGACGACGAUAAGAGCGCACCGCCCACCAUGUCGUCCUUCCUCUUCUGGCUCUCCUCCUCCGCCACCGUCCUCACCCUCCUCAUCCACGCCCUCAACUUCCUCGGCCGGCAAUUCAACAUGCCCAUUCUCGAAUUCUACGGCCGCAGUAUUGCGUCUUUUGUCGCGUUGUUUAUUUGCGCGACAUAUGGAACGAUUGCUUCUGCGUUGCUUUCGCUUGUUGGUUAUGGAGGGCUAGGGCAGUGGACAACAGCGCGGGCGUUCAAGUGGACGAUGUUGUUGUUCACUGGCGUGUGGUUUGAUGUGCAGGACGAGAAGGAUGUGCUGGGAACUACGCGACCUGCGGUCUUUGUGGGGAAUCAUCAGACGGAGUUGGAUGUUUUGGUUUUGGGGCAUAUCUUUCCGCGAUACUGCUCUGUUACGGCUAAGGCGAGUUUGAAGUGGUGGCCGUUUUUGGGAUGGUUUAUGGCCCUCUCGAAAACCGUCUUUAUCGAACGCAAAUCCCGAGCGCAAGCCUUUGCCGCUUUCGACGACGCAGCGAAACAAAUGCAAUCCGCGAAACAGAGCGUGUACAUCUUCCCUGAAGGCACGAGAUCCUACUACGAGCACCCCGAUCUUCUUCAAUUCAAGAAGGGAGCUUUCCACCUUGCGAUCCAGGCGCAAGUGCCGAUUGUGCCUGUUGUGGUCGCGAAUUACAGCAAUGUGUUGAACGUCAAGAGGAAGAGAUUUAGGUCUGGUGUCAUUCCUGUGAAGGUCCUAGACGCAAUUAGCACAAAGGGCAAGACGAAGGAGGAUGUGGAUGCGAUCUUAGAGGAGACAAGAGAGAAGAUGUUGAAAGAAUUGAAGGCUUUGCACGAACAGGUGCAGAAGCAGGGUGUUGCGGUAAACAAGCAAGAAGCUGGACAGGGCCAUUCCACGGCCACACAGAAUGGAAAGGCGACAGAGAGGAAGGUCAUGAAUGCUGCUGCGUAGAUGAAGAUUUUGCAGCACGCCUGGAAUCCAACUCUCUCAGCUUUUGCACUCCCCAUGUCCGAGGACGUCAAUUACAACUUCCCAAGGGUUCCUUUCUAAGAGGAUGCGAGAGAAGACACGAUCGUACGAACCGUGCUCUGGCUUUACACGAUACCACUUGAGCAGAGAUUUGGGCGAUCACUUCGACGAUGGACUUUCCGAAACGCUGCUCUCCGGCGACGUCUCGAGCUUCCAACAUUGCUUCCCCGAGGAAUGUACAGAAUUGAGAGCAGAUUGUGCGUAUCUCGCUUGGACUGUGGCGGCUGGCAGCACAAUCUGGCUCUAUCGUGAGUCCAGUGGGAAGGACUGAUAUGAACGAAGGCUUCGCCCGUGACCGAAAACGCUACUUUGGUUCGGUUGGUGCUGCGGUAUCAAGCAAGGGAACACAGCCAGCUAAGGCAUUGGCAUGAUCUGGAGAGUACGAGGAGAACUACGACUUCAUGUAGCUACGAACAGAUCUCAACAGAAUAUGGUAAGAUCGACCAUCAUGAACGACCCCUC